AUAUUGGCAAAAUCAAAAAAAAAGAAUAACCAGUCGAAAUAAAGCGAUAUUUCAUAUGUAUCUAGUAUAAAUUAUGUUAAAACGGGGCUAAUUCCCGUAAAGCUAAUGCUAAAACUUUUCUGGGUUACAUUUAAAUAAUUGAAAUAAUUUUAUCAAUUUUCUUUUGCUAAUCAACGUCUUAAUCUAACCUACGAAUAACCUUCCAAAAUCUGUUCAACCAAUCAAAAUUAAAUAAUCAACGAACGAAAUAAGAAUCUUGAAAGACAAUAUGUUUAAUGACGCCCUAAUGUAAAUAAGUGUAUAUGAAAUAUUCAGCCGUCUUAAAUAGCAAUGACUAUUUUGAAAAUCUUAGGGAAGACUUGUGGAUUUCUUGGUUAUGUUUUUCAAUAUGCUUGUGUUACUCACUGUACAUUUGAAUACUUAGGGGAUUUUGUUAUGUGUCUCGGUCCAUCUAUGGAGCCAACAUUAGAAUCAAAUAAUAUAUUGCUCACAGAACAUGUCACACCGCGUUUACAUAGGUUGCAACAUGGAGACAUUGUUAUAGCAAAAAACCCAACAAAUCCCAAACAGAAUAUAUGCAAAAGAGUUGUUGGUUUACCAGGGGAUAAAGUUAAGGGAUAUUUUCCUAGAAAAAGUCAUAUUGUACCUCGAGGUCAUGUAUGGUUGGAAGGUGAUAACUCCGGGAAUUCAUCAGACUCAAGAGUAUUUGGACCGGUACCACUUGGAUUGAUUAGAAGUAGAGUUCUAUAUAGAGUUUGGCCUUUGGACAAAUUUUCGUCGUUACAAGCACAUUGAUUCAAAAUUGAAACUAUUUUUGUGUGUUGAGGUUAACUUGUAGGUGGGUAGAUCUAAACAAUUUAAAUUGUAAAUAUGUAGAAGAAAUUAUUUCUGAAUAAGUUUAGCACAAUUAUAUAUUUUAAGAUUUUAAA